GCUCAGCACUUUACCGUUGUAUUUCGCAGAAAAACAACAGUUAGCCGGAAAGAGAGCCAUAACCGGAAGCGCGUGCCGCCAAAGUUUACGGAAAUAAAAGCGGACAAAAGUUCAUCCUCGCGCUUCUCUCGUUCUCUCCCUUUCUCUUCCUCCUGCUGCUCUUUCUCUUUAACUGCAACUGACAAAGUGGCAAAAUCAGAUUAAACGAUUUACGGGCCACUGACAAAGCAAAAAAAUAAAAAAAGUAUAAAGAAAAAAACAACAAAGUGCAGUGUGCAGAGGCGGAGACAGAGAACUCCUUGUUCAGAAAAAAAAACAGAAGGAAAUAUCCGGAAAAUGUGGCCCAACUUUGUAGCUGUCAUUUCCCUGCUGUGCCUUGCAUUCAUCGCCUGGGCGAAAGCUGGACCCGUGCCAAUUGUCAACGAGCACCAACAACUAAUGCCCAAGGUCCCUCAAUGGCACUGUCUACGCUAUUUCAAGCAUGAUGUCCUCAUGAUGCGACGCUGUCGCCAUUUGCGUGUCCCGACGGCGCCGCGACUUGGGGAUGUCCUUAAGCGCAAGAAGAAAUAGUAUGCGGCCAACAGACAAUCAACGUCAAUACUCAACACGACUGAGCAGCAACGAGAUCAAUUAAAGUUACCUUUUUUAAAGGAUUUCUAAAACCAGAGACCAAAGCUAAAUCAAAUAUAUAUAUAUAUAAUAUAAUACCAAUUAAUUCUACAAUUUCUAAACUUUAUACUAAGUCCUAACCAAUUGUACUUCAUAGAUGUGUAAGAUUUCCAAAUAAAAUGACUAAGAAACUCUAAUGAAGCGAAAGAUCAAAAGAAUUUUGAGAGAUAAAUAAAUAAAAAAUAAAAUUAAACUUACCGCA